AUCAGAUGAUCUAUUCCUAUUAGAUAAUAAAUAUUAAAUAAUUAUAAUUAUUUAUAAUUUAAUCUCUAAACUUUCAGUCUUGUUAGUUGUUGUUUAUAUGAAUUAUGUUAACGUUUUUAUAACUUCAUUAUCGUAUUUCAUCAAGUAGUUAUGUUAAUUGUUAAUACUUAAUUUAUGGUUGUAUUAUUAACUAGCCAUAUAUAUAAUUAAUCAACUAACCAUUUAAUAAUUUGUUAAAACUUGAAUUACUAAAUUAAAUGGAAGAAACUAAUGUACCAUUCCAUAGUAGUACAUUGGUGUUACGCCCACAAGCAAAUGAUGGCCAAGUAGUGCAUUUAAAAUUAAAAAAACCAAAAAAGAGUCAUAAACAGGUUAGUUGGGAUGCACACACUGUUGACAAUGAGCACUUGAACAAGAAAAAGAGCAAAUGUUGUUGUAUUUACAAAAAACCAAAAAAAUUUGGAGAGCCGGAUACAGACGAAAGCAAUGAAAGUGACGAUGAAUGUGCCAGUUGCGUGGGGAAUAAAAAAACUCAUCAACUUCAUAAGCCUGAGAACAAAAUCGAUGAGCCUAAAGAAGACGAAUGUUAAAAUAAAAAUAAAUGUUUCUUUUCACUAAUUGUAAACUUGUAUGUAUAAAACUAUUUGACCGUACAAUUUCCUUUUUUAUCUUUGUUUAGUGUACCCACCUAUUUGUUUGAAUAAUAACAGUUUUUUUAAAUUAAAUUUUGGUUGAUAUGCAA